AUGAAACUUCUUUCCAUCGUAUUCUUUGUGGCUCUCUUCACCGCUGGAGUCGCUUUUCGGAAAGCUGCAGAUCAAUCAUCCGCAUUUCUGGAUCACGGGGAAAUCGUCCUCGAGGAUAAGCCUGACAUCCCAGGAAACAUCGCAGGACCAGAUGGAAACCUCCCAACUCAUGUCACCUUCAGCGACGUUGAAGAAGAAGCGACGACAAAGAUAAUUUAUCAGCGAUAA